AUGUUCUUUCCGAGCUUAGAAGAAAAAGGAGUGCCACAACUUUAUCCGAAAGAUUCAAAUGUUGAUUACAAGAAAGAACUCCAGUGGCUGAAUAGAAAAAUACAGUUGCAUAUAUUGGAGCUUGCGGAUGUUCUUGUGGAAAGGCCUUCUCAAUACGCAAAAAUAGCGAAAUAUCUUCGAUCUUCAAGAAUCUGCAUCUCAAUUCUUUACGGCCUCACCAAGCGAGAGCAACGCUUAUUCACAUUACAGAGCUUCAAAUUCAACAGGGAAAGCAAGCUGUGGAAAACAGUAAGAGGAGGAGAGAAGAAGCACAGAGACUUCUUAAGGAUGCUUUCCGUCACAGUAGAUGGACAAUAG